AUGUCGAAAAGCAUCGUCAACAAGCACAAGUACCCCUUCCAGUUUACAAACCCUAUACCUUCUCCGGACAGCACAAAGUCGGGCGGAGCACGCGAAGUGUCAAUCACACUUCCCAAUGUUCGUGGUCGUAUCCCCUCAAUCCAGGCCUCGCGCCUUCGAACCAUGAUGUUAGAAGCGCACAGAGAUCCUACCAAGAUUUUGGCGCAUUGUUGCUCUAUGGAUGGACUAUCGUCGCGCCUUGUGGAAGAAGCUGGAUUUCCCAUGGUAUUCCUGGCUGGCUACCCUUGUGCCAGCUCGUAUGGAUUACCAGAUACUGGCUAUAUUGCCAUGCAAGAGAUGUGUGACAAGAUCCAAGAGGCUGUGAGACAGGUCUCAGUUCCUGUGAUGGCAGAUGGCGACACAGGAUAUGGAAGCCCAAUGAAUGUUAGAAGAACUGUGGAGUCUUUUGCCUUGGCUGGCGCCGCUGGUGUCAUGAUCGAGGAUCAGACAUGGCCCAAGAGGUGUGGACAUACCAAGGGAAAAUCAGUUGUCAGCAGAGGCGAGGCCUAUGCACGGAUCCAGGCUGCAGUCGACGCCCGUAACGAAGGACUUGAUAUCUUCGUUCUCGCUAGAACCGACUCUUUGAUUCUCGGCUGGGAUGAGGCUAUAACAAGAGCGAAGAGGUUCCGCGACAUUGGUGUGGACGCAGUCUUUAUAGAAGCUCUCCCGGAUCGCGAAUCUAUGAAGCGUGCCGUCAAAGAGGUCGGCAUUCCCACGUUCGCUAAUAUCAUUGAGGGUGGUCUUACGGAGAACCUGUCGGCCAAGGACCUCGCAGAGCUUGGAAUGUGCGCAGUUGCCUAUCCUUGGCGUCUCGUGGCUGCAAAAAUCAAAGCAAUCCGCGAAGCGCUGGAAACGCUGAAAGAGAGCAUGACUGUGGGAGCCCCUUCAACCAUCUUGUCUUACAGCGAAGUCUGUGAGGGUGUCGGGUUCAACAAGUACUGGGACCUCGAGGAGCGCUACAAAUACACCGAAAAUGACUUGGUGAACCGGACUGGGUCCAGCAAUGGGUUGACUGGACAUUGA